AAACAACUCAAUAAAAUAUAAUAUGAUUUGAAUCAAUAAUAAGUAAAUUAUAAUGAGUACAAAUCCUUGACAUGGGAACAAAAUUGUGCGAAAUAAUAUUGUUUUUCAUUAUGAUGCCUGUAAAUAGUGUAGACUUUGAUGGUCCUGAGACAGAAGACAAGGUAUCCUUCAGGCAUUUGAAACGGCCCUAUGAGGAUGUUGAACUGCCGUGUAUGAAAAUACAACCUUCUAGUAGAGAUAUCAUCAAACGGUUUUACGCUAUUUUGCCUUAUUUCGACCGUGACCACGCGAACACUGCUUUCCUGCACAAGUACCGCGCCACCGUCCACGGUCUGGCCGACACUGAGCAGCUGCUCGACCGCGAGGCUGCGUACCACGCGGCCGUGCUGACGCCUUUGGUUUUUCUGCAGCAGUAUAAGGACACCUGGUGUUUGUUGGAGCGGUUCCACCGAGCCUUGCGUCUGUACCAAAUAUCGCAUCCCACUGAGAAGAGAUCGGCUUUGAAGUUACUUCAAAACUUUCGAGCUGUUAAUAAUAAGGUGCGUAUAUUUGUAUCAGAGCUGCCUGGACCAGCGACGGCAACCCGCGCCUCUCCCCCUCCUGAACAAGACGACGAAAUACACGAUAAAAAGGAGUUUAAAUAUCUGACAGAACUUAUUAAAAAUCUUGGCUGA